UUUUCACUCUUUCAUACCAAUUUCCAUUUCUCCUCUUCUUUUUUUUGUUUUUUUUUUUGUUUUUCUCUUAAAUUAUUAUUUACUUUUUUACUUCUAAUUUUCACAAUCACUAUGAUUCGGUUUGCACGAUCCUCAUCUCGGAAUCUCUUCCACCGAGUUCUCAACCGAAAGUUUCAGUACUGUUCCGAUUCUUCAAUGGCGGUCCAGUGCGGCCGUCGUCGGAAGGAUCAGUCCUCCGGAUUUUUUUGGCCGACAUGUCGUUUUGAAUCUACUGAAGCUGCACGACAUGUGGAUCAACUUUAUCUUCAUAACCAUGAUGAUCAGGAGUUGGAUUUUCCGGGAGGAAGCGUUCCAUUUACAAAGGAAAUGAGAUUCAUGUCCGAGUCCACUGAGAAGAGAGUUCCAUGUUAUCGUGUGCUUCAUGAAAAUGGGGACGCCAUUACACCACCCAAUUUCAACCAGUUGACCAAAGAUGUAGCAAUUAAGAUGUACAAAGACAUGAUUACUCUUCAAAUAAUGGACAACAUAUUCUACGAAGCACAAAGGCAAGGAAGAAUCUCAUUUUACUUAACUUCAUCUGGAGAAGAAGCCAUUGCCAUUGCUUCUGCAGCUGCACUUCUCCCCGAUGACGUCGUUUUGGCUCAGUACAGAGAGCCUGGUGUGUUAUUAUGGCGUGGGUUUACGUUGCAAGAAUUUGCAAAUCAACUGUUUGGAAACAAAGGAGAUUAUGGAAAGGGUAGACAAAUGCCUAUUCACUAUGGCUCCAACCAUCACAAUUACUUCACCAUUUCAUCUCCCCUUGGAACGCAACUUCCACAAGCAGUUGGCAUUGCUUAUUCUCUUAAAAUGGAUAAAAAAGAAGCAUGCGUUGUGGCUUAUUUUGGAGAUGGUACCACCAGCGAGGGGGAUUUCCACGCAGCAUUAAACUUCGCAGCCGUAUUAAGAGCGCCGGUGAUAUUCAUCUGUCGCAACAACGGUUGGGCGAUCAGCACAUCAAUCGAAGAACAAUUCCGAAGUGACGGUGUGGUUGUGAAAGGACAGGGUUAUGGAAUCCGAAGCAUCCGAAUUGAUGGAAAUGAUACCCUAGCUGUUUACAGUGCGGUUCGUAAAGCUCGAUCCAUGGCUAUCAGAGAGAACAUGCCAGUUCUUAUUGAGGCUUUAACUUAUAGAGUUGGCCAUCAUUCAACAUCUGAUGAUUCGAGUAAGUAUCGAACUACUGAUGAGAUUCAGUAUUGGAAAAUGGAGAGGAACCCUAUGGAUCGCUUUGCUAAAUGGAUCUCUAAUAACGGAUGGUUUAGUCAAGAAGAUGAGUUGAACCACAAAACCACGGUUAAAAGACAGUUGCUAGAAGCAAUUCAAAAUGCAGAGAAAACAGAGAAGCCUCCACUUUCAGAGUUAUUCAAUGAUGUUUAUGAUAAUUUACCUAAAAACCUUCAAGAACAAGAAGAGGUACUAAGGCAAACAAGGAAGAGAUAUCCUCAAGAUUACCCUUCUGAUGUUCCUCUUUAGAUUCUCUAUCAAACAUCAACUGUCAACUCUCCAAAUGGAAGCUUUACCCAAAUAAAUCUUUUGAUACAAUGUUGUUAUAUCAGCUUUGUGGGUUUAAUAUCAUUUUCGUGAUAUGGCUCUUUGGGAACUCUUGGCAAUGGUGUUGAUUGUGUAAAGUGAUAUGAAACAUGAGCAAAACUUUGUUUAUCGUGGGAAUGUGUUGCAGCUUAUUUUGAUGUACAAAA